GCUGUACAGGCCAAAUACUUAUUAUGACUAAAGCAAUGGUUCAUUGUUUGCUUCUGAAUGAGGUCUCUCUGUCUUAAUCUGGCCUUAGACUGCAGAGCAGCUCAAAGUCUCUUACACAUAGCAAUGUGCACUCACUCCAAAACACAGCAGAGUUGAUUAAAUAUGCCAAAUCACCGGUACACAGCUUGACACAUAAAUAGUAAGGAGUCAGCAGAAGUACACAAACAAUUGGAAUAAAAACAUUUAAACACAGCAGUCUAAUACUAUGGUCUGCUGUGGCCCGUUUGGGAAGACAUUUCAAUCCCAAAUUCCAGUGGAGAGGGGUGGUUUAUGUCAAUUGUCCUUCCAAUCAGUGUUCAUGUAAACAGUUGUUCUGAUUCUUCCUGGUUUGGGUCACCACGUGUCUGCCCCUGUGUAAAUGUGAUGCUUUUGAUAUUGCUGGAUAUGGAGCUGUUGAUAGAAACUUUAAAAGAACUGUGGAGCGCCUCGAUGGUUGAAAGGCGUGUGUUUACAAUACAGGUGGAUGUGAGCUUCUUCUACUACUAUUUCCAACUCUGCAAAUGUCAGUGUGGUUUAUUAUUCUGAUUUAACGCUUAAUGCAUGUAUAUGCACAUCGUAAUGGGAUGACUUAUGUAGACGGCAAUGUUGCAUUUACUGAAGAGCAUUUGCUUCACUUUGCAACGUCCACUUCCCAAAAACGUAUUUAGAACUCGACAAGUGUGAAAAAGUAGCUGUUCAGUUAGCAGCUGCUUAAUCAAGCUGGUUUUAAAAAGCUUGUUCACUGACUGAAAUGUAAAAUAACUCAGAGAAUAAAGAGCAUGCGUCUAUUGUGAAUGAAUAGUGACACAUGGAGCAGCUUUGCCACUGCCUGGUGUCCCUAACAGUCACAGUGCUGGACCAGCAGCACUGUCAUCUUCAUGUUUCUCUACACACACUAAAAAUCCGGGCGGAGAAAUUAAAUGACUUCUGUCUGAGACAUUAUAUGAGAUGUUUGUACCAGUAGGUUUACAUUUUCGUCCAUAGAACUAUGCACAGUAAGCGAUUCAACGCCUUACUUGGAAGUGUAAUAGGCCGCUAUACCUGCUGUGGUACUGUAUAUACGGAGAGAAAAAAAAACUCCAGUAAUCCAAGCAGCCCUCUCUGCCACUGUGAGUGAUGUGGCCAUGUGCUGCAACGAGCAGCAGACACAGAGUCCACCAAACACCAGCUGGACUCCACUGGGGUCAAGGGUAGGAGGGAGGAAGACAAACAUACUGGGGUGGAAAAGUGGAGCAGGAAAUAAGGAGAGUGGUGGGGGUAGACAUGUGCAAGAGCUCGCCUUAACACUUGAGAUGUUUGUGUUAGGAAUGUGAGGGAAUUUUUGCAACAGAAGACAUUUAACAUCACACCUGUCAAAUGCCUCCUUUAAAAAAAGAGUUCUGCUCCUCUGACUGCAGAGAAGAACAAGGCCACAUAAUGUAGCUGUAAGAAUUGGCUUGUUCUGACCUCUAGUGGCCAUAAGUGGGAGACAUCACUGAAAUGUCUUAUUUAUGCAGCGUUUCCUAUACUUUAUAUAUGAAUACCCAAGACCUUUUGUGACCUUGUUCACAAUAUAAGCAUUUUUUUUACCUAAUAUAUUGUUUCUGACUUAUUUUACUACCAUUUCUGAGGUAAACCAGCCAAAUGGUCCUGUCUACACACACUAAGUCCUCAAAGACGUCUUUGUCCACAUGGAAACAUGUGACCUCAGACAGACAAAAUGUCACACUCAAGUUGGUCUAUGUCGAAAAGGCCUUUUGUGUGUGUUUUAAGAGACUUAACCCACAUGUUGUGUGUAUGAGUUUUCAAAAAUACUUGCAUAUGUGUGGACUGCACGUGAACAAAAUCUGUGGGUCAUGACCCAGCUUCUGGGAAUGGUUGCUAUUCUGUGUGUCUGUGUGCUCAGCAUGUUUCAUGAUCAUCAGUCAGCCUUGGCUUCACAGUGACCCGUGCUGAAGUGAAACCAAACUGUAGCAGCGCAGGAAGCUUGCAAAUGUCACACAGGCCAUGCAGGUGCCUGGCACAGCCCAGAAACCUGCAGCAACUCAUUGGAGUUGUGGGUGUGUCGAUGAAAGUGUGAAUCUAUGUAUUCAAAGCAUUGUGAAACCAACAGCGCAGAAUAACUGUCAUUUUCCCAUGUGUGUGUUUGUCAAGGUGACCUCGCUGUAAAACUGCAAAUAAUAAGAAAAGAAGCUUUACAGCUUUAAAACAGGAAGUGUAGAAUUUGCUAGAGGAAGCAAACAGAUAGAUGCUUCAUUUUUUUCACAACUGACACAAAAAACACUGUGGGAUGUAAAUUAAGACAUUUGAACUUUAAGUGUAUUAGUGUGUGGUCACAAAGCAGAACAACUUCAAAAGAGAGACAUAUCUAUCUCCCUGUUUGUCUAUUAUCUGCUAGAUGAUGGUCUUUACCUAUAUUUCAAGUUUGUGGCUGAGCUGCACGGUUUUCUGUGACAGGUGGCAGAAAAACACUCGCGUGCGUCAGGACAGGGCUUCCGCUUCCUCUCAUCACCAGUCCCAAACUAAAGCACACAACACACAACACCUCCUUAUGCAACCACAUGUACAUGCAGAGAGUAGGACAUCACUGGCAAGCCACCACUGACUCUGUGUGUGUGAUCCUGUUUGUGUCUGGACAACUCGAAGAGGAGCGUGUUUGUGCGUCAGUCUGCUGUUUACAGAGGAGCGUGAAGCAUGUGGUGGCGGUGGUCACUGACCUGGUGUGUUUGACCUCUCCCCGUCAUCAAUGCUGAUCAUUAGGAGAGACGAGCACAAGUGUCGGUGUGAGUGAAGGAAUGACUCUGAAUACAUCCGUGUGGGAGGAGUCCCCGGUCAACUCCUUACCAUGUGGCCUUAAUCUGACCUCCUGGGAGCGGAGCAUGGAAACCAUGUACACCUACUUCUACCUGCUGCUCUUCAUCCCUGGCCUGCCGCUGAAUACCAUUGCCCUGUGGGUCCUCUGCAGACAUAUCAGUAAGAAGACCAAGGCAGUGAUCUUCAUGAUAAACCUGACAUUAGCUGACCUGGUCCACAUCCUGUCUCUGCCCCUCAGGAUCUAUUAUUACUUCACACACACUUGGCCUUUUGGCCGAGGCUUGUGUUUGUUCUGUUUCUACCUGAAAUUCCUCAACAUGUACGCUGCCAUAGUGUUUCUGGUGUGUAUCAGCCUGCAGAGGUGUGUCUUCCUGCUUAACCCCUUCGCUGCCCGCCAGUGGAGGCGGCGGUAUGACCUGCUGAUCAGCAUCAUAGUGUGGGUGGUGGUCAGUCUGGCCUGCUCGCCGUUCAUUCUGAUGCGGAGCAGCAGUAGUGCCGCCAGCUCCAUCCACAGUACACACACGAUCUACAACAUGUCCUAUUCUUUGGAUGCCACUUCUACACAGGGUUACACCAAACUCAAUGCAGCACCUUUGAGUACAAGCCCCAGCAGACUCACAACACUCUCCAGCCCCAUCUCCACCACAGGGGGCUGUUUCAAAGAUUUGCCCAUGCGGCCUCUUCCGCUCUCUCAGGCAGUCAUCAUGAUGGCUCUAGCUGAGCUGUUUGGUUUCUGCAUCCCUCUGGCCUGCAUCACCUACAGCUCUGUCCGCAUUGCUCACUCCCUCAACCGAAGACAGACCCAGGAUGCUCUCAACUCCUCGACACGCAGCCGACUCCAGUCAGUCACCUCCUUUCAGGAGGAUAAAUAUCCGGAAAGACAGACCGAUGGUGAGAAGCAGCGUGCGCUGCGUAUGGUGCUGAGCUGCUCUGCCCUCUUCUUGUUGUGCUUCGCCCCCUACCACAUCAACUUCCUGCUCUACCUGAUGGUGUCUCAGGAUGUGUUGACUCACUGUGCAACCAGACAGGCGGUACUUCAGUUCCACCCGGUGUCUCUGUGCCUGGCAAGUGUGAGCUGCUGCCUCAACCCAUUACUCUAUUAUUUUCUAACAGCCGAGUUCAGGUUGCACCUCACCAGGCGCACCUCAUCGUUCUCCUCCUCGAUCAGCUCCCCCACCCAGCGUGUGGCACCACACAGACUGAUGAGUGUGGAGAGCACCUUCUCAGACAGAUAGUAACAUGAUGGAAGAACUUGGGAACAACAGACUGACAGAACAAGAUCUAUGUUUGAUAACAGGUGAUUUCAUGCCAAAGAGCUUUGGCAUCGGGGUCAAGAAACAGCUUUCGAACAAAGAUUUUGAAUCUGCAACUGAACCUACACUGAAACCAUGUUUUAUUAUGAGUGUGCACACAGUACAGAUAUUCACAAUUUGACUGGUGCAAUGUCAGUAUUGCAACUGGAAUGUCACCCACGUGUUGUCAUUGAUCAUCUGUUUUCUAAAUGAGAAUAUCAAUAACAAACUUGAGAGCAUGUGCUAUUGAAGAAGACCUGAAACGUUUGAUUAAGAUGCAUUAAUUCCUCAGGAACAUGUUUACCGACAUUAUACAUCAAGUAAGAAGUUGGCUUGCUUUCCCAUAGACUUACAUUCCAAUGAUUUUUUUUGUUUGCCCCCUGGUGGCUAACUGCUACUUUUGCCCUGGGGUUCACUUUUUAAACCUGCAGACUAUGUCAAGCUUUAAACAGACUUUAAAUAAGCUACACUGUAACCAUCACAGCUAUGUGUGUGAGAAUGCAAUGAAUGAAUGUCGUGCACUGAAUAAAGGCAUGUUUUUCUUA